UUGUUUUCCGACAGUUAAAUUUAUAAAAUGAUCCUACUGAUGCGAAGACUUCUCCAAAAACUUUCCACGCACAAACUUUCUACGGGGAUAAAACUUUCCGCACAACCCCGGUUCACCACCGCGUCGCGUUAUAAAUCCAAAUACUACACGUAUGUGCGGGAACCGGCGCACCUGAUCAAAUACAAAGAACCCAAAUUCGUGUGUCCCGAAGAGGCGUUCCAGGAAGUGCUCAAGUCCAACCAGAAGGUAGCGAUACAGGGAGCAGCCGCCACCCCCAAUGAACUCAUAGAGGCGAUGUGCAAGGUAGCCAAAUGCAAAAAAUUCACCGGCAUCAGAACCUACCACAUGCACACCGAUGGCCAAUUGCCCUACAGCGAACCAGACUUCGACGGCAUUAUUAGAUCAACGUCAUUCUUUAUGGGCGGUAACGUGAGGAAAGCAGUAGCAGCAGGUUUGGCCGACAAGAUGCCGAUCUUCCUCUCAGAGAUCCCACUGGUCUUUCAUAGAGGCAUGGUGAAGCCAGACAUCUGUCUGAUACACGUGUCACCUCCCGACAGCCACGGUUACUGCACCUUGGGCACCAGCGUGGACUGCGUUCGCGCCGCUAUGGUCGCCAGCAAGUACAUCGUAGCUCUGAUCAACUGCCAAAUGCCCAGAACGUUCGGCGACUCCAUCGUCCACAUCAGCCACAUCGACUUUGCCGUAGAGAUCGACAGGAAAUUGCCAUCGCACAAGUCAAAGCCGCCUUCGAAGGAGGAGGUGCAAAUUGGAAAGCACGUGGCCGAGAACAUCGUGGAGGAUGGAGCUACAUUGCAAAUGGGCAUCGGCAGCAUCCCAGACGCCGUGCUGGCGGCCCUUACGGGCCACAAGAACCUCGGCAUCCAUUCGGAGAUGUUCUCCGAUGGUAUCUUGCCGUUGGUAGAGAAGGGGUGCAUCACCAACAACAUGAAAAAGUACCACCAGGGUAGAACUGUGGGUUCGUUUUUGGUGGGUUCGGAGAAGCUGUACAAAUUCGUCGACGAUAAUCCCUCCAUAGAGAUGCUGGUGGUGGAUUAUGUUAACAACAAUGACGUGAUCAAGGCGCUGCCGAAAAUGACGGCGAUUAAUACGUGCAUCGAAGUCGACCUAACGGGACAAGUUUGCUCGGAUUCCAUCGGGACCAGAAUGUAUUCCGGUUUCGGAGGGCAAUUGGACUUCCUUAGAGGUAGCGCUGAAGCUUACGAUGGUAAAGGGAAGCCGAUAUUAGCUUUAAAAUCGAUGACGAGCAAAGGCGAGAGUAAGAUAGUGCCGUUGUUGAAGCCUGGGGCAGGUGUCGUUACCACCAGAGGUCACGUACACUUUAUCGUUACCGAACAUGGAGUGGCGAAUUUAUUUGGAAAAAAUUUGUUGGAAAGAGCCCAAGCACUCAUCAACAUUGCGCAUCCCAAGCAUAGAGAAGCAUUGGAAAAAGAAGCGUUCAAGCGAUUGAAGAGGAAGCCUUCACGCCCUCCUUGCUAAUUUUUAGAAACUUACACAUGCCUGUGUGUUAAAUUAAACUCGAGUAAUCGGUAAUUUUUUCCUAAGUUUAGAUAAGAAAUAAAGCUGAAUUUUUGUCAAAGGCCUAUAGCAUCUAUAAUCUAUAAUCAAGUGGUAAAGGGC